UGACUCGCUACUUGACUUUGAUUUUGUAUGAAUGAAUUCAAUAUUCUUCAAAAUCAAAAGCUUUCUUCUAUAUUCUCAUCACUUUCCCUGGAUCUAGCCGCCGGCGACAUAGAUUUCAACAGAGGAUGAUCCGAUAUUGAUUCCGAAUUUCCCGAUCAAGUCAUGAUUUCGUAAUCUCAGGUCUUCUCUCUCUUUUUUUUUCUCGAUCGAAUGGAUUCGACUGAACCGUCAUCAUCGAUAAGUUUUACUUCAUCUCCUCAUUAUUUAUCAAAUGGAGGAUCAAUUAGCUCCGAAACUGGUAAUUCCAAUCUAGAAACCAUAAGUCUAACAAAUCUCAGCUCUCAUCUAGAACAGUUAAUGAUGACGGAUUACACUGAUGCUGAUAUCAUCGUCGAUGGAAUCUCCGUAGGAGUUCAUCGAUGCGUAUUAGCAGCUAGGAGUAAAUAUUUCAAUGAACAUUUCAAGAAGAAAGAUAACGGAAUGGUUGAGGAUAUGAGUAAACAUGGAAAACCUAAUUACUCCAUGAAUGAUUUGUUGUUACCUUAUGGUAGAGUUGGAUAUGAUGUAUUUCUUAUCUUCUUAAGUUAUAUCUAUACUGGACAACUGAAGCCCUUUCCUGUUGAGGUAUCAACUUGUGUUGAUCAUUUGUGUCCUCAUGAUUCGUGUAGACCUGCAAUUGAUGUUAUUGUUGAAUUGAUGUAUGCUUCAUCAGUUUUCCAAAUUCCUGAUUUGGCAUCGUCUUCUCAGAUUCGUCUUUUCAAUUUCGUUAGCAAGGCUAAUGUGGAAGAUAUCAUACCGGUUCUUCUCGUUGCUUACCAUUGUCAAUCAAAUGAACUUGUUUCUCAAUGUAUCCAAAGAAUUGUUGGAUCAGAUCUUGACAGAAUUUCUCUCGAGAAAGAGCUUCCUAUUGAAAUCGCUGAUGAAAUAAGAUUACUGCGUCAAAAAUCCAAAUCUGAAUCGGAGGAGAAUUCAGAUUCAUUACAGGAAAAGCAAAUCAGAAGAAUACACAAAGCACUGGAUUCAGAUGAUGUCGAGUUGAUGAAACUUCUAUUGAAGGAAUCUAAUGUAACCUUAGACGAAGCCUGUGCUCUUCAUUAUGCUGCAUCAUACUGCGAUCCUAAGGUUGUAUCGGAGAUUCUUAGUUUAGGUUUGGCCGAUGUUAAUCUUAGAAACGCUAGGGGUUAUACAGUUCUUCAUGCUGCAGCAAUGCGAAAGGAACCUUCUGUAAUUGUAUCGCUGUUGACGAAAGGAGCUCGAGGUUCUGACCUGACGUUUGAUGGAAGGAGCAGUGUUAGUAUUUGCAGGAGACUAACUAGGCCGAAGGAUUAUCUAGCGAAAACAGAACAAGGAAAGGAAACUAACAAAGAUCGCAUCUGCGUUGAUCUCUUGGAGAAGGAGAUACGCAGUAAUCCGAUGAUGGCUCCUUCGUCGCCAAUUGUAGCAGAUGAUCUGCACAUGAAGCUGAUAUAUCUUGAAAACAGAGUUGCAUUUGCGCGAUUAUUCUUCCCAAUCGAGGCGAAGUUAGCCAUGGAGAUAGCUCACGCAGAGACAACAUCAGAGUUUUCAAAUGGUAACUCAAGGGAGGUUGAUCUAAAUGAAACACCCAUUAUGAAGAACAAGAGACUUCUAUCAAGAAUAGAAACUCUAUCAAAAACAGUGGAAAUGGGUCGGCAUUAUUUCACACAUUGCUCGAAAGUGUUGGAUGACUUCAUGGAAGAUGACCUUCCGGAUCUGUUUUAUCUUGAGAAAGGGACUCAACAAGAGCAGAAAAUCAAGAGGGCGCGAUACAUGGAACUUAAAGACGAUGUUCAAAAGGCCUUUACAAAGGAUAAGGCUCAACUCCGACGUAAUGUAAAUUCUAAAUCUCGGAGAUUGUCUUGAAUUUUGUAAGAAAUGUUUCAUAAGAUUGAAAAUUGUAUUUAAGAUUAAUUUGUAAUAAAAUUAAUGGUAAGUGU